GCACUUUACCCUUCCUUUGCAACUAAGUUGGCAAAACUACUAGCACAGGUAUCUGCGCGCGCAUGAAUGUCCCUUAGCCACGCUGUUGCUCGGUUAGGAUACCCUGCAUGCUCUUUCACCCGUUCCGUCUCGAGGCCACCUAUUUUAUGCCGUGCAGCACCCGCCUUUCGCGUCAAGGGGGACCAGAGGCGAUUCUUGAUUACCAACCACGACCCCUCCCUUUCCUAUGUUGCAGAUGUCGGUGUCAUUGUUGACAAAAUCCGGCGGUAUAUCCCCACAGCAAAUGUUGGCGCUCUGCACCAGCAGUUUUACGGCCUAUUUCGCGUGUUGAACGACGAAGGAAAGGAUAAACCUACGGUUCCACCCCUCACACAAGAGGAGAUCCACGACGCGCUAUCAGUAUUAGCUAUGUCGGGCAGGCCCCAUGAUUUGGAUAUGGUGGUGAAAAUCCUCGUCGACUUGCCCAUGCUUUGCGGUGUCGAAGUGGGGGUGAGGGUAUACAAUGUCAUUCUCCGCGGCCUGAUCAAGAACGGCAACCCGCAAACGAUUUUCAACUGGCUUAUGGACAUGCCUCAGAAGCCGAGAAACAUAACGCCCACCCUUCUGCAAUGGCACAUGUUCUUCGAGUGGUGUGCUGAAUCUGGCCUAGUGAAGUUUCUUCAUCAUAGCAUCUCCAAGAUGCAUCGCUCUGGACGUCGUCCCACCAUCAAAACAUUUGAAAUUUUAUUCAACGCCCUCUUCGACACUGGUGCUCCAAUCAAGAAAAUUUAUGACGCACUAGAUAUCAUGGAACAUACCUCAUUGACAUACGAUGAGAACUUCGCGAAAUUUCUCUACGAUGGAUUUGUCAAACUUGGUCUUGCGGAUCGAGCUCAGGAGAUUAAAGACGUAUAUUGGAAACGUUUUAGGGCAAGGUCGAGGACGACGGAUCCCAAAAUGAUCGAGUGGACAGAGAGCAUAGAGAGAGAAGCCGAGAACAGUGGUAUCGCUGCAGCUGUAACUCUAUGCAAGUCAUUGCAAAGAGAUGGUUUUAGACCCAAUCCGCACACUCUCACACUUCUAGUCCGGCAUACUCAUCGUCUCGACCACCUUCGAUAUGCGGAAACUGGACUGCGCCUGAAGGCAUCCGUAGUUCAGUGGGCUAUCUUGAUCAGUAAUGCCGUGCGUAUCGGCGACCUGACAGGUGCUCUGUCAAUCUACGAGGAGUCCAAGGCUACUGGGAUUACUCCCGGUACGCCCUUGGUACACCCACUAGUCAAUGCCCUCUGCACCACUUCGAGUACUCUCGAUGACGCUGCAAUUGACCGAGCAUUAGAACUCUACAAGGACCUUGCUGAGGCUGCUCCCAUCACCCAGUCAAAGCAAGAACCCCAACCUCCGGGGCGCCGACAUUCCUCGGGCCCAGAUGCCAACCUCUAUAACAUCUUGUUCCGCGCUUUCGGUGCUUCCAAGAACGUCGAAAAAUAUUAUCCUAUUGCGCUUUCCCUUCUUGAAGACAUGGAGGCCAGAAAUGUUGAAUUCGACAGCCCGAUGGCCGUUUCUGCCCUGGCAAUCGUUGCCAUGCGGUGUACUUCCAGCUUCGAUGGCGCAUUGAAGGCCUACAAACAAAUAUGCAAACGUCCCAAUGCGCCUCGCCUCGAUGCCAAAGGCUACCAAGCCAUCCUUCAUACCCUGACCCAGCUCUCAUUCGGAGGCCAGGAAACAUUACCGUCCGUGUGGCACUAUUUCGAAGUAGUGAAGGAUAUGCAGAUGGCAGGGGUUGAGAUCACAGCUCCCGUGUACACUAUCCUCCUCCGACAUCUCGCGUUACUCUCAGCGGAACUGCCGCCUGAGGAGCGUGAUGCCCUUGCAGCGGCUGUGCGAAGGGCGCAUGACCACCUAACGCUCGACCCCUCCUUCACGCCUGAUACAGUGCUUUGGAACCAGCUGAUGGACAGCUACCAGCGCGUUGGCCUGUUCGCGGAGGCAUACCGCGUCUGGGAAAUGCUCUUUAUCACGGGGCGCUUCAAUCAAGCGAGCGUCGCGAUUAUCAUUGAUGCAUGCGGGUUUGCGAGUGCAUGGCCCAUGGCUGCACAGGUGUGCCUGAAGCUGUCCAAGCUCGGGUUCAAGUUUAACCUGCGGACAUGGAAUGCGUGGAUAGAGUGCAUGUGUCGAGUUGGGAAGCUUGAUGAUGCGCUCAAGGUUGCGUGUUUGGAGAUGGGGAAAGACCAGCCGAACGUUGCGCCUGAUGUUAACACGGUCAAGGUACUUCUUUCGUUCGCUGCACGGACAAAUCAGCAGGACGAGGUGAUGGACCGCAUCAAACGGUAUCUCCCUCAGCUAUGGCAUACGUUACCCAAGGAACUCGACGGAUAUUUCAUCAGAGAGCACACGACAGUAGACUCAAAAUGA